AUGUAUUCAUUUUCUGCUUUUGUAACAGACUGUGUGAGCAGCAGUAAUUCGCAUUUGCUUUUCAUCAGUGAUGACACGGUGUCCAUAUAUAAACAUCUGAAUACCCCUUUCUUUUCUGCCGGCAAACUGAUACUAAAGCCAUUAAAAGAAAAGGGAUUUCAGUAUUCCCACACAGAUACGCUGGUUUAUCACAUUUCCUGUGGAAAGCUCCUUUUGACGCUGUACGACCAGUGCUACCGUCUGACUGCCGGAGACUAUUUUUUUAUCCCGCCGGGGAACGUGUACAACAUACGUAAUCUCUUGAAUAAAGAAUGUGUUGUCUUCUUCACUCAAAUGAAAGGAAGCAGGUCCGAAAAUUCAUGAAACCUACCCUUGUAGCAACAUUUCUUGGAGCAACUUAAAGAUCGUCUCAUGUGGGAAGAAAAAAAAGGGGGGGAACCGCCCUAGCUUGCAGCAUUCCAGACUUGCAGGACAACAAAAUUAAAGAUAUUUUUGUAGUUUGAGUUGUAUGUUUUUCUGAUUAUUUAUAUUUCACAAGUUCCCUUCUGAUCUUGUCAUUUCAUUGACUGAACUGAUAGCUUGGCUGGCUCCUUUGAUAG